ACACAAUGCAGUUGCAUUUGUGUGUUUAAUACAGUUACUGUCACACUGAGAAAGAAGCAGGACCACACUGCCAUCCACAUACUUCUGACCUACUUAUCAAGACACCAUGGAAAAGGGAAUCCAAAUCCCAGCCCCGCCUUACCCUGGCCCCCCUCUGGACUACAAUGCAGGAGUCUCCCAACAAGGUUACCAGCAAAGUGUCCAGCCUGUUGUCCAGCCCGUUGUCCAGCCUGUUGUCCAGCCCGUUGUCCAGCCCGUUGUCCAGCCUGUUCUCGAGCCUGUUGUCCAGCCUGUUCUCGAGCCAGCUGUUCACAUUGUUACCAGUACACAACCUGCAUACCAAUACAACAUACAGCAACCUCAGGUCGUACAGCCAAUGAGUCAGGUGGUGGUGAUGCAGGGUCAUCUCCCAAAAGAUGUUUCUGGACAGAUGAAGUGUCCUCAUUGCCAAACCGAAGUUGUGACUAAAACCGAGUACAAAAUUGGGCUCCUCACCUGGUUAAUUUUUGGUGUAUUACUAUUCAUAGGAUGCUGGCCUUGCUAUGUGAUCCCCUUCUUCGUCAGUGAUUGCAAGGAUGUGGAGCAUUCCUGCCCCACCUGUAACAGCGUAAUCCACAUCCACAAGCGCAUGUGAAGCAGAACUACAGUUUACAUUCUACUGAAGCGACAGCAGCAAGGCAUCUCUGUGCAAGCCGAUAUUAUCCUCAACCCUGUGCUCAUCCUGUAUGUUAAAUGUAUGUUUUACCUGUAUAUCCAGAUCAACUCCGGCUCUUGACGGAGGCAGUAGCAUCCUCUCCCUCUCUCCCCCUCCCCCUUCCUUAUCUUUCCUGCUUGGCUUCUCAUGUCUUUUGUCUAGUCUCAUCUACCUCUAACCCUCAGAGAGUCUCUCAGUCUUGUUCUCUAAAAAUUAAAGAAGAAUUAUGGAUUUGAUCAACUGGUCCCUUAAUGCAAUUGACAUGCUCUUCUCGAUGAGAAUCCUGGGUUCGGGAGAGCCCGACUGUCCUGGAGGGAUGUUCCCUGCUAGAUACACAAAGGAUGGGUGGCAGAAUUGGCGCGUUGUGUGCCUGGCGGGACUGUCGAUUGAGGACAUCGAAGACAUCUACCUAUUGGGAUACAUUAUAACAAGGUUAAUGUUUGUGCUAUGUAUGUAUGGUCGAAAGAGGUCAAUUUAUCACUGCAGGUAACGUGUUCGUGUAACCUUGCAUGUGACAAAUAAAGAUUUCAUUCAUGUACUGAACAUACUGACAAAAGCUAUACAUAUCAGCAGUAAAAAAAAGCCUCCUUGUUUUCCAGAUGAUUAUUAUGUGAAUCAUAUUAUAAAAAAUGUUAUGUGAAAAUAUGAGUAAGUUGAUUAUCAGGAUUUUUUUGUUGUUGUUAAUGUUGUUUUAAAUUGAAGUGAGUGGUGUGGUCUCGGUAUCAAAUACCUCAGUGAUAAACUGAAGUAAAGGAUAAUAUGCAUUAAAUGAAGUCUAGGGGAUUUUUUUUCCAGAAUAUUCCUACAAGUCAAAUUUAUAUAUUUUUCCACUUAAAGUUAUUACAUUGAUUUUCAUUUUGAUGACAUAUUGAAUGUUUUUAAACACAUUCUCUUACCAUAUAUACUAAUAUAAAAAAAGAGCAAAACUGAUAACAAUAUUAUUGAAGAUAACAUGUCAGUUUGCUGCAACAUUUCAGUCUUUUAAAAACACUAGGCACUUUUCAAGGAACUUGAACUUUUUUAAAUAAAUGUAUUGUCAAGUAAAAGUUGCUACCUAAAUCA